AUGUCUGAUCAAGAUAAAAAGAGUGGUACGGGUACCACCCCCGUGGUGGUAGAACAAACUACCAACAGCAGACACAAGGCUCCAUGUCGGCCUAAUGAUAUUCAAGAUGAAACUGACCAUCAUCAUAAGCAUUCCAAAGCACCAGCUGUACAAUCUGUUGGUGAGGAUAUUAAACAUAAAACAGCAGAGGAUUUGGAGUCAGAAAAUGAGGACGAUAAGGAUCGCAAACGGGUUAAAUCUAAUGAGAUGAGUAAGCAGAGUGCCGCCAAAAAAUUAUCUUUCAUUUCCAAGAAGCAAGGCUCGCCGGCCGAUUCCACAGCUUUGGGCCACGUCGAACUUGAGACAAAGAAGGGUUCAAUGACGCCCACAUCGCAGCCAAUUCCACAAGUUGCCGAAGCUCUUUCGGGAGCUAAUUUUGUCGAAAAGGAAAAUACUCAAACAGGCGAUACGGACAGUAUUACGGAUGAAAUCUCCGAAGCACGGAUUGUUAAACCAUCAAAGAGAUAUUCAAAUUGGUCAGAUGACGAAGAGGCGGGCGGGCUGCCGCGCAGUGAAUCGCGGGCAUCGCGCGUUUCCCGCGUCGUCCGACAGUUUUUCUGUUGCGGCGUGCCUUACGAAGCUCCGUCCGAAGAAAACAUCUCAUCGGGACGAGCUUUUGGUCAAGGAAUAUAA